UCAGUGGUACGACCUUAUAUAAAAUUAUCAUUACGUGAGUAUGUUAUCAAUUUCUAAAGGCUGAAUUGGUAAUGAAAUAUAUCAUCACUUAGUUUUAGCAAAUGGAGAGUACAUAAGUGAAAUAUUAAUUAUAUAUCAUAUUUAAAAUGUUAACAAUGUUAAACAGACAUUUACUUGGAAAAAGUCUUAAUAAAAUACAAUUGAAUAAUUCAAGAUUACUCAUUACUGCUCAUACACAGUCUACAUUUACUAAUAAUCAAGUUGAACUAGGAGAAGAUAAUGUACUCAAAGAAAAUCCAUAUUAUGAAAUAUAUAAAGAAAAGUUGCAUAGGUUAAAACAAGAAAAUCUGACGGCCUAUAAAGAAAAAGUUGACAAAUUAAAAGCAAUGAAAAAACCUUCUGUUAAAGUUACUAAUGAAGAAAUAGGUAUUAAAUCUCAAGAUUCUAAAACAGACAGUUUUAAAUCCAUAUUCAAAGCAAAGCCAGCUCGUAUUGUAUCCCAAACUAAUUUAGUGAAACAAAAAAUGUUAAUAGAUGUAAUGAACAUAGAGUUGUUGCAACAGAAAAGUAUUACCCAAAUUUCAGAGAUUUGGAUUCAAUAUCACAAAGAAAAAAAAGAUACACCUGUUCUUUCAGCUGUCAUACCAUAUAAAAAUUAUAAAGCAUUUUAUGUUAAAUCUUUAGAAUAUCCAAUGUUUGUGCUACCUUUACCAAGAACAAAUCAAGGAUAUGAAUUUAUGCUUGUACAAUUUCAACAUUAUGAUAGUGAAGUUAAAAAUUGUACUGCUCAUUUAACACCUUUAAUUGCAUAUCAGAAAUACAAUGAAAAUGCUCCUGAAUGUAUGUCUAUUGAAUAUUUUUCUGAUCUUGUCAAUGAAAAUAAUAUUGAUAACUCAAUAGUCUUAAUGCGAUCAUUUUAUGAUGAUAAAUUAUUGUCUUCAAUGGAAGCUACUUGCCUAGUCAAUCAAUUAAGAAUCUUCUAUGAAGAGAACAAUUUCAAACAUGAAACAUUAUUGAAGUUAUUCAACAAAGGACAUUCAGAGUUCCACUAUUCAGAUGUUAUAGCUUGUGUAGAAACACUUUCAAUUUAAAUUAUAUUAUAAUUAAUUAUUUUUCAUAAAAAUCUUAAGCUAUUUAUUUAAAAUAAUCAAGUAUCCUAUAUUAAUAUCUCA